AUGGACUUUGCGUCCCCCCCCUACGUUGCCGGCUCAUUGGCCCAUGUGGUGGGUUUUCGGCGCGCAGAAGACCUCCUUCUCAGCGCCAACACGCUCUCUGCCGAUGAAGCUUGCGAAAUUGGCUUAGUGGACGAAGUGGUUGAUGGUCACGAUGAGGCCAUUGUACCUUGCCUUGAGUUCAUGGAAAAGAUUCUAGCGCUCCCGUCUCCGCUCCCAUUUUGGGUUGUGAAGGAUCAGGCGAGGAAGUCGCUUCUGGCACCGCUUUGCACUCAAGCCUUGCGAACAGUGGACACCGUUGCCUUUUUCGAGAUGCUGCAAAACCCCAUCGUUCGUAAGAACCUCCAGUUGCACAUCACGCGGCUCUCGGAGCGCAAAACAUAA